CGAUGGUUCUCAGCCACGGGCGAUGAAGCUGCUCAUGUUGGCGCCAUUUUGGAGCUAGGAGGGGGAAGAGAGCUGCAGAGGAGGACACGAUCCAUCACAAUUCACCCGAACAGGCAGUGAAGAGCUAAAGAGGAUGGCUCACUCUAAAGCUCGAGCCACAGACGGGAAGGUGACCUACCCCCCGGGGGUCAAGGAGAUCUCUGACAAAAUCUCCAAAGAGGAAAUGGUCCGCAGGCUCAAGAUGGUUGUAAAGACCUUCAUGGACAUGGACCAGGACUCUGAGGAAGAAAAGGAGCUCUAUCUGAACCUUGCUCUUCACUUGGCCUCAGACUUCUUUCUCAAACACCCAGACAAAGACGUGCGCCUGCUAGUGGCCUGCUGUCUAGCAGACAUAUUCAGGAUUUACGCCCCCGAGGCGCCCUACACUUCUCCAGACAAACUUAAGGACAUUUUUAUGUUCAUAACAAGACAGCUCAAAGGACUGGAAGAUACCAAAAGUGCCCAGUUCAACAGAUACUUCUACCUGCUGGAGAACAUAGCUUGGGUGAAGUCCUACAAUAUUUGCUUUGAGCUUGAAGACAGCAAUGAGAUAUUCACCCAGCUUUACAGAACACUCUUCCAGGUCAUCAACAACGGCCACAACCAGAAGGUGCACAUGCACAUGGUGGACCUGAUGAGCUCCAUCAUCUGUGAGGGCGACACCGUCUCACAGGAGCUUCUGGACACUGUUCUGGUCAACCUGGUGCCUGCACACAAGAAUUUGAACAAACAAGCGUAUGACCUGGCCAAAGCUCUGCUGAAGAGGACCGCUCAAGCUAUUGAACCGUAUAUCACCAACUUCUUCAACCAGGUGCUGAUGCUGGGAAAAACCUCCGUCAGCGACUUGUCUGAACAUGUGUUUGACCUCAUCCUGGAGCUUUACAACAUUGACAGCCACCUGCUUCUGUCAGUGUUGCCACAGCUGGAGUUUAAACUCAAGAGUAAUGAUAAUGACGAGAGGCUGCAGGUGGUGAAGCUGUUGGCUAAGAUGUUUGGAGCCAAGGACUCGGAGUUGGCUGCUCAGAACAAACCGCUCUGGCAGUGCUACCUGGGCAGGUUUAAUGACAUCCACGUGCCGAUCAGACUGGAGUGUGUGAAGUUUGCGAGUCACUGUCUCAUGAACCACCCAGACCUGGCCAAAGACCUCACGGAUUUUUUGAGGGUCAGAUCACAUGAUCCGGAGGAAGCCAUACGCCAUGAUGUCAUCGUUUCUAUCGUAACUGCUGCUAAGAAAGAUUUGUCCCUAGUCAACGAUGCAUUGCUCAAUUUUGUAAAGGAGAGAACAUUGGACAAGAGAUGGCGUGUACGUAAGGAGGCCAUGAUGGGCCUGGCUUCCAUCUACAGGAAGUACGCACUGCAAGGAGAGGGAGGGAGAGAGGCGUCCAAACAGAUCUCCUGGAUCAAAGACAAGCUGCUGCAUAUCUACUACCAGAACAGCAUCGAUGACAGGUUGUUGGUGGAGCGGGUGUUUGCCCAGUACAUGGUUCCUCACAACCUGGACACCACAGAGAGAAUGAAGUGUCUUUACUACCUGUACGCCACUCUAGACACAAACGCUGUCAAAGCUCUGAAUGAGAUGUGGAAGUGCCAGAACCUGUUAAGACACAACGUCAAAGACCUGCUGGACCUGAUCAAAAAACCCAAGUCUGAAGCAUCAAGCAAGGCUGUGUUUGCAAAAAUCAUGGUGAUUACAAGGAACCUGCCAGACCCGGGCAAAGCUCAGGACUUUGUGAAGAAGCUGGCUCAGGUCCUGGACGACGACGAGCGGAUUAGAGAUCAGCUGGAAACGCUGGUCAGCCCCAGCUGCUCCUGCAAACAGGCAGAAGUCUGUGUGCGAGACAUCACUAAAAAACUUGGCAGCCCUAAACAACCCAGCAAUCCGUUCCUGGAGAUGGUGAAGUUCCUGUUGGAGAGGAUCGCUCCCGUCCACAUCGACACGGAGUCCAUCAGUGCUUUGAUAAAACAGGUGAACAAAUCGAUAGAUGGGACGGCUGAUGAUGAGGAGGAAGGGGUUCCUACCGAAGAGGCAAUCAGAGCAGGACUGGAGCUGCUCAAGGUGCUGUCCUUCACCCACCCAGUCUCGUUCCACUCCGCAGAGACGUUUGAGUCCUUACUGGGCUGUCUGAAGAUGGAUGAUGAGAAGGUGGCCGAGGCCGCGCUGCAGAUCUUCAAGAACACCGGCAGCAAACUGGAAGACAGUUUUCCUCACAUCAAGUCUGUGUUACUUCCGGUACUGCAAGCCAAAGCUAAGAGAGGGCCCCCUCGCCAGGCCAAGUACGCCAUCCACUGCAUCAAUGCCAUGUUCACUAACAGAGACACCCACUUCGCUCAAAUCUUUGAGCCCCUGCACAAAGGACUGGACCCGGCUAACCUGGAGCAGCUCAUCACUCCUCUCACCACACUGGGUCACCUGGCCCAGCUGGCCCCGGAGCAGUUCGCUGCUCCGCUCAAAUCUCUGGUCGCCAACUUCAUUGUGAAGGAUCUGCUCAUGAACGACAGGAUCCAAGGGAAGAAGACGACUAAGCUCUGGGUCCCAGAUGAAGAAGUGUCUCCAGAGACUUUAGCUAAGAUCCAGGGCAUAAAGCUGAUGGUAAGGUGGUUGCUGGGAGUGAAGAACAACCAGAGCAAAUCAGGCAACUCCACCCUGAGAAUGCUGACUGCUAUCUUACACAGCGAUGGAGACCUAACUGAGCAAGGCAGGAUGGGUAAACCAGACAUGUCGAGGCUGCGGCUGGCAGCAGCGUGUGCCCUGCUGAAGCUGGCGCAGGAGCCCUGCUACCAUGAAAUCAUCACACUGGAGCAGUACCAGCUCUGUGCUCUCGUCAUCAACGACGAGUGCUACCAGGUGCGGCAGUGUUUUGCCCAGAAGCUUCACCGCGGCCUCUGCCGCCUCCGUCUGCCGCUGGAAUACAUGGCUAUAUUUGCUUUAUGUGCAAAGGACCCGGUUAAAGAACGGAGGGCUCAUGCUCGCCAGUGCCUGGCCAAAAACGUCAACAUCCGUCGAGAGUACCUCAAACAGCACGCUGCUAUCAGUGACAAGCUGUUAUCGCUGCUGCCGGAGUAUGUGGUCCCCUACACCAUCCACCUGCUGGCUCACGACCCAGACUACGUCAAAGUGCAGGACAUCGAGCAGCUGAAAGAAAUCAAAGAAGCUCUUUGGUUUGUCCUGGAGAUUAUCAUGGCCAAGAAUGAGAACAACAGCCACGCUUUCAUUAGAAAGAUGGUGGAAAACAUCAAGCAGACGAAAGACGGCCAGUCCCCCAACGAUCCCAAAGACAAUGAGAAACUGUACACCGUCUGUGACGUAGCCAUGCACAUCAUCAUGUCAAAGAGCACCACGUACAGCCUGGAGUCCCCGAAGGACCCGGUGCUGCCGUCGCGCUUCUUCACCAAACCUGACAAGAACUUCAACAACACUAAAAAUUACCUCCCGUCAGAGAUGAAGUCCUUCUUCACACCUGGAAAGCCGAAGUCGGCUAACGUUUUGGGUGCGGUCAACAAGCCGCUGUCAUCGGCAGGUAAACAGCUCCAGAGCAAAGCCUCUCGAAUGGAGACGACCAGCAACCACGACUCCUCGUCUAACCCGAGCUCCCCGCAGCGCAGCAAGAGCAGGCAUGACAGCACAGAAAUGGAUCACAGUGAAAAUGAGGACAUCAGCCUGAAGAGAGCAGACAGUGUUGACAAGGAUAUUGAAAAGCCCCGCGGCCGUAAACGUGGGGUGACCACCAGCGACGAUCAGGAGAGCAAGCCGAAGCGCGGGCGCAAGAAAGCCGGCGCCAACGCGUCGGUGGUGGCGGAGCCGGAGGACCCGUGGGACGGGGACACGCAGCCCGAGGACGAGCAGAACAGCCCGCCCAAGAAGGGCCGCCGGGGCCGGCCCCCCAAGGCCGCCGCCGCCACACAGAACACGCCCGCCAAGGGCCGCAGGGGCCGCAAGAAGGCAGUCCCCUCCCCGGAGGAGGAAGAGGAGGAGGAGGAAGAGGAGGAGGAAGAGAGGGCGGAGGAGGAGGCGGUGGAGGAAGACGAGGAGGAAGACGAGGACAGAAGUAGUGAAAACAUGGAGGCCAAGACGAAGGGAGGGAGACAAGCCAGGACCCCCCGGCGGUCACAAGGCAGCUCGGAGUCGGCAGAGUCCACACCACAGAAGAGGAGAGGACGUCCACCCAAAUCAGCUCAGCCGGCGGCCAAGAAACCCACGCGUGCGGGCCGGUCGAAGGCCGCCGUGGCUAAAGACGACGAGGAGGAGGAAGAAGAGGAAGAGGAGGAGGAGCAGGAAGACGAGCCAACACCACGGGGUCGCAAGAAGGCCGCCGGACGAAGAAGAUGAGCUAAAAAGAUUAAUGCAUAAAGUAGAAUCAUUGGAGGAAAACAAAGGCAGCAUGUCUCCUCUGACGUGGAGGAGGAAUGAUGCAGGAAAGAAAAAUAUGGACAUUGAACUUUUUAAACUUUUCAUAUGCCGUCGCUCCUACUGUUACACCGAUUUACACACUUGCAUUUGCCACAUGCACACGACCCCAGAGCACCCGCAUCAUCAUGGCCGGGGGGGCGUUGCUUUGUGUUGCAUCGUGAUGAUUUCCGCCACAUUUAACUAGAAAUCGUUUUACCCAGAAAAAAACAAAAACAAAAAAAACCCAGAAAGCCCCACACCUUGUAAAUAGUCUGUCUGUUCCAUGUUCUGUUGUGUUUCUGCUGACUGGGGUCCGGCUGUAAAGCUCCCCCCCCACUGAUAUCAUUAAAGUGCUCCCAUCAAGCAGUAUUGCUUAUCAAACUUGUGUCCUACUUUUAAAAACCGAGAUUAACCAUCGGCUUUUUUUUGUGACAGUCAUUUUACCUUUAAUGAAAACAUGUUCUUGUUUACAGCUCUGUAUAUUAAUACCUUUUUCUUUUUUUUUUUUUUUUUUUUUUACCAUGUAUUGAACACGUUAAUGUCAGAGAACUGUCCAAAUGUAGAGUCGCCUCUGGAUAUUAUUGUAGUGUUAUUGCGUUUUUAAUUUGUAGGUUUGUAUUCACUGGUAGAAGGAAGUCCUGAGCAGCUGUGGUUGUCGUGUUUGUCACUGCUGAUUUAACUUGGCUUCACCUCCACCCAGUCAGAUCCUCCGUUGUAUCAAUAUAAUUCUCUAUAAAACCUGACUCCAUCCAUUUCUCUUUAUUUCACUGUGGAGGUCCCGAUCGUUGGACCCUUUAAGUUCCUGAAGUGUGUUUUUAUUCACGGUUUAUGAGUGUGACGCUGACUUUAAUCCAUCGUUUGUGUUGUCAGGCUUAAAAAAAGAGAGAUAAAAGAAAA